CUCUGGAUGUUUACCUUUCAGUGUGUUAGCUAAUGCUGCUGGGUUACUGUCACACAGGCAAGAGAAAAUCACUAACCCAGUGUGUGGAAGGUGGUGUGGGUCAGGGACUUUGGGUACAGAGCCGCUCUGUUGAAAAUUGUUUGUUUUGCCUGGGUCUCUGGCUCCAGCCUUCCUCUGUGCCCUACACCCCCCCCCUCCCUUUUCCACUCUCCCUCUCUCCCUCUCCCUGAUCCAUAUGCUCAGAAUCUCAGGCUAAUCUCAUCCAGUGCUGGCCAGUCUCCUCUCUGUAUAUCACUCGUAUUUUUUUCUGUGCAUGCAAAAGGGGUUGUGACACUUAACUAUCCUGAGGUUCGGGUCAGAAGAUGAAGGGCAUGCUGCGUAACCCUGUACCUUCUUCUUGUCAUUUCAGUGGAGUGGCCAGAUCGGACAGCAAGCUCAGCGCCAAGGCCCUCUAUGAGCAGAGGAAAAAAUACUCCAACUCCAAUUUUAUCAUGCAGGAGACGUCGCAGUACCACGUUGAGCAUCUCUCCACAUUUGUUAUGGACAAGACAGAGUCCAUUGCCACAGUGGACGAUGCAAUCAAGAAACUGAUUCUUCUGGACUCAAAAGACAAAAUCUGGACCCAGGAGAUGCUCCUCCAGGUCACAGACAAGUCAGUCAGACUGUUGGACUGUGAUACGCAGGAAGAGUUGGAGAACUUCCCUCUUCCAACCAUCCACAUGUGUCAGACGGUGCUGAAUCAGACCCGUUACCCCUCCGUGGUGCUGCUCGUGUGUCAGGACAAGGACCAGUACAAACCGGACAUCCACUUUUUCCACUGCGACGAAGUGGACGCUGAGAUGGUUCAUGCAGACAUUGACAGUGCCAUUGGAGACGUCAAGCACGGGAAGAAUAUGAGGCCUCAGACUCUGAAGGUGAACCAGGAAAAAAUGAAGCGUCACAGAGAGACUAUCCUCCCCCCAUCGGCCCCUAAGGGCCCACCACCUGCCGCAAGGGGACGAGUGGCAGCCGUGGACACACAGGACAGACGAGCUUUCAGGCAAAGUGACUCAGAGUCACAUGAAAAGCUGGCCCAGCGCAUUGAGAAGGAUGUGCAAAUCCUCAACUGUGCCCUGGAUGACAUAGAGAUCUUUGUGGCACGGCUGCAGAAGGCAGCAGAGGCCUUUGCUCAGCUCAACCAGCGCAACAAGAGUAAGAAGAAUAAGAAGAAAGGACCAGCAGAGGGCAUGCUGACCCUGCGAGCCAAGCCCCCCUCUGAAGCAGAGUUCAUUGAUAGCCUGCAGAAACUGAAACUGGCCUUCAACCUCUUGGCCAAACUGAAGAAACACAUACAGAACCCAAAUGCAUCUGAGCUGGUUCACUUCCUCUUUGGCCCUCUGGAGCUGGUGCUGCAGAGCUGUGGAGGUCCUGAGCUGCCGCGGUCAAUCAUGUCUCCUCACCUGUGUAAAGAUGCUGUUGACUUCCUGCGGGGACACCUCACCCCAAAAGAAAUGACCAUCUUUGAACUGCUUGGGGAAGGUUGGACCAGACCCAGAGCCGAGUGGCCGAGGGAUCAGUGCGCUCCUCCUUAUUACCCAAAGUUUCGAAAUGGCUGGGAGCCGCCGGCGGAGCUUUUCUUGACAUCCCCGUGGGAAACGGAAGGACCCUCUGCCCCCUUAGCUUCCCCCGCAAGCCCGGCUUACAGUAAACACAAACCUGAGGAUUAUUACAGGCCUCAUCCCUCAAGCCCCUUAAAUGGGUCCUACAAUGGGAUCCCCCAGGCCCCCAAAUAUGCCAAAAUUCGCUACAGCUUUGUCGCGCGGAAUGCCAACGAGCUGUCAGUGCUGCAGGAUGAAGUCCUCGAGGUGUUAGAGGAUGAAAAACAGUGGUGGAAACUACGGAACCGCAGCGGGCAGGCCGGCUAUGUCCCAUAUAACAUCCUGGAUGUUGUGACCAUAGAAGAGCCAGAGGUCCCCUACUCCUACCAGCAAGGUUACAGCCCGUCCUCUCCUGGGUCUCGAAGCCCUGGAAAUAGCUUCAAGAAGGAGAGACCUAAGAGUGAAAUGAUAGAGGAGCUUUUGAGUAAAAUCAAUAACAAGCAGCCCCCAAGGAAGUUGCACGUGGAACGGCCGUCAGCGAGCGUUCAAGUGCCUCUCAAAUCUAGCUCAAAGCCAGAGCAGGUGACUGCAUGGCUCAAUUCAAAAGGCUUCUCAAAAUCGACUGUUGACUGCCUGGGGAUCCUGACUGGGGCUCAGCUGUUUUCCCUGAACAAAGAAGAACUGAAGGCUGUUUGUGGAGAUGAAGGCAGUCGCGUCUUCUCACUGGUUACCGUGCAAAAAGAACAGCUAGAGAGCGGUGGAACCUCAGAGCUACAGGAGAUCUUGACACGGCGGCAGGAGAGGAUCGACUCCGGCAGCAAAGACUGAACCCGCUGACCUAAACGACUCAUCUAGUCAUCUUUCUCCUUCACAGCAGCAGCAUCUUCAAUCAAUCUACAGUUAAUUCUGACCUGCCGUAGCAAAUAUUGUGUACGUUUUUAAUUGUAUAUUUAUUUUGUAUCAUCCAACAUGUAUGUUUUCAAGCUUUUUUUCUUAAUUGUGUUGCAUUUGUUCUCUUUGUCUCCUUAAAUUUUCUCGACAAAGAGAUUUCUGCUAAACAAAAGAAAAAAGGAGCUUAUGAAUUUACGUACACUUCGGUGUGCGUGUGAGCACGUGUAUGCAUGACUUGCAUGUAAGGUACACAUUUGUACGAGCAGUGCAGUUAAUGUUCGUGCUCACCAUCAACGAUGAGGCUGUUUACUAAAAUACCUUUAAAAAAGUAGAUUUUAGUGAUUGCGUUUUGAAAUCUGUGCCAGAAUGCUUGACACGUUUUCUGAUAUAUGGCCAACUGUUUUCAUGUAACUGUUUACAGGAGUUAAAAAAAAAAAAAAAAAAAAGAUAGACAUGCUCUGUGUUACUUCUAGCAGGUAUCAUUUUCUCAGCCUGGUUGGUUAAUGCUCAACAACACUAAGUAUUAAAACAAAUAUUCUUGCUAAUCAGGUUUCAGACAUUCUGGCAAACUUAGCAAGCAAUAAUUCUGCAUGAAGAUUUUGUCUGUAAAAGUGAGAUGCUGCCAUUAACGUGUUCUUAGCAGCAAGGCGUUUUGCAGUGUAAGCUGCACAAGCACCAGAAAAACAAGCAGUAUGUGCAGUAGAUAUGUAAAUCCUGGUAAUGAAUAAGUGGAGAUUUAGAGAAACGUUCAAGCGGGUGUAUAUAGUUUUUAAAAAGACAAUGAUUAAAAAAUGAAUAAAUAAACUGUCUUAAUUUUA